GCAACUCUGUUAAAGUUGCACUAGGUCUGGAAAGUUUGUUUUUGUUUUAAAUUUUUUCUAUUAUUUUAACGCACUUUUAUGAUAAAUGAAAAUAAUAUUCACUAAAUUAUUUUCCAUUAAAUACAAUAACUUAAAUAAAAGGUUAUAUACAAUGAAACGAGCAGCAGCCACGAGUAGCAAAUCAUCAAAAACUGUAGAUUCAUCUAAAAAAUCGAAAAACUUAAAUGAAUUUGUGCAGAAAACUUCCACCUCUAAAGGUUCAGAAGAUGUAAACAAUUUUCUAUUAUCAUUAAAAGAAAAACGUUUGAAAUGUGCCGCCAGUAUUGUGGAUUUUUCCUUUAAAAAGAAACGGGUGCGUAUUUUAAGUAAAACACAGGAAGUACGUGAAGAUUGCCAGGGACCAGUGGUUUAUUGGAUGUCUAGGGAUGUACGCGUGCAAGAUAAUUGGGCUUUUUUAUAUGCUCAACGUUUAGCCUUAAAAUUACAAUUACCCUUGGUGGUGGUGUUUUGUUUAGUGCCUAAGUUUCUUAAUGCCACCAUAAGACAUUAUAAAUUUAUGUUAGGCGGUCUACAAGAGGUGGCCGAAGAAUGUAAUGAUUUAAAUAUAACAUUUCAAUUGCUAAUGGGACCGGCCAAAGAACGUGUGCCGGAAUUUGUUGCCACUCAUGAUGUUGCAGCAGUGGUAUGUGAUUUUGCUCCUUUACGUGUUCCCUUGCAAUGGGUGGAGGAUGUUAAGGAAAAGUUACCCGACAGUGUGCCUUUCAUACAAGUAGAUGCCCAUAAUAUAGUGCCCGUUUGGGUGGCUUCUGAUAAACAGGAAUAUGGUGCACGCACCAUACGUAAUAAAAUUAAUACUAAAUUACCGGAAUUUCUAACUGAAUUUCCUGCAUUAAUAGAACAUAAUAUAAAAUUUAAAACCCACUUGGAGAAAGUAGAUUGGAAGGCUGCUUUUGAUUCUUUGCAAUGUGAUAUGUCCGUCGAUGAAGUGGCGAAUAUAAAACCGGGCUAUAAGGCAGCCUGUCAACAAUUGCAAGAGUUUUGUGAGCAGCGUUUGAAAAGGUUUAGUGAUAAACGUAACGAUCCCACACAGAAUGCAUUAUCGGGAUUAUCUCCUUGGUUUCAUUUUGGUCAGAUAUCAGUGCAACGUUGCGUCUUGGAGGUUAAGGAGUAUAAAACAAAAUUUAAAGAUUCUGUGGAAGCAUUUUGUGAAGAAGCCAUUGUUAGACGAGAGUUGGCGGAUAAUUUUUGUUAUUACAACAAAAACUAUGACAAUCUUCAAGGUUUACAUGCCUGGGCAGCCAAGACACUUAACGAUCAUCGCAAAGAUAAGCGUACUCCUUGCUAUACCCUAGAAGAAUUUGAAAAGUCUCGUACACAUGAUGAUUUAUGGAAUUCUGCGCAACUGCAGCUGGUUAAUGAGGGUAAAAUGCAUGGUUUUUUACGCAUGUAUUGGGCUAAGAAAAUCUUAGAAUGGACAGAAUCUCCCGAACAGGCUUUGGAAUAUGCCAUUUUACUUAAUGAUAAGUAUAGUUUAGAUGGUCGAGAUCCCAAUGGUUAUGUGGGUUGCAUGUGGUCCAUUGGUGGUAUUCAUGAUCAGGGUUGGGCUGAACGGGCGAUAUUUGGCAAGAUUCGUUAUAUGAAUUAUCAGGGUUGCAAAAGGAAAUUUGAUGUUAAUGCUUUUGUUGCACGCUAUGGCGGUAAAGUUUAUUGCAAAAAAUGA